CUGACGUCAUCACGCAGGGACCCGACGCUCUAUAUAUACGUACACGUUGACGUCAGCCGGUCUCUUCCCUGCCUUUGCCCCUGAGUGGUAGGCAGCGUAUAAGUUCCGUGUCUGCUUCUCCAUACAGCGAAUCCAACAACAUCCGUCAAAAUGGUGAACUUCACCGUAGACCAGAUCCGUGCCAUUAUGGACAAAAAGUCCAACAUCCGCAACAUGUCUGUGAUUGCUCACGUGGACCAUGGGAAGUCCACUUUGACCGACUCGCUGGUGUCUAAGGCUGGUAUCAUCGCUUCAGCCCGUGCAGGAGAAACACGCUUUACUGACACAAGGAAGGAUGAGCAGGAACGUUGUAUCACCAUCAAAUCCACUGCCAUUUCCUUGUUCUACGAGCUCACUGAGAACGACUUGGCCUUCAUCAAGCAGUGCAAGGAUGGUACUGGGUUUUUGAUCAAUCUGAUCGACUCUCCCGGACACGUCGACUUCUCAUCUGAGGUGACAGCUGCUCUGCGUGUCACUGAUGGAGCUCUGGUGGUGGUUGACUGCGUGUCUGGUGUGUGCGUGCAGACCGAGACUGUGCUGAGACAGGCUAUUGGUGAGCGAAUUAAGCCUGUGCUGAUGAUGAACAAGAUGGACCGUGCUUUGCUGGAGCUGCAGCUGGAGCCUGAAGAGCUGUAUCAGACUUUCCAGCGUAUUGUGGAGAACGUCAACGUGAUCAUUUCCACUUACGGAGAGGAUGAGAACGGACCCAUGGGUAACAUCAUGAUCGAUCCAGUGGUUGGUACCGUUGGAUUCGGGUCUGGACUGCACGGUUGGGCCUUUACCCUCAAGCAGUUUGCCGAGAUGUACGUCAUGAAGUUUGCUGCAAAGGGUGAUGCCCAGCUUGGACCAGUAGAGCGCUGCAAGAAGGUCGAGGACAUGAUGAAGAAACUGUGGGGUGACAGGUAUUUUGACCCCGCAACCGGAAAAUUCAGCAAGUCUGCCAAUAGCCCUGAUGGUAAGAAGCUCCCCAGGACUUUCGCUCAGCUCAUUCUGGAUCCUAUUUUCAAAGUUUUCGACGCCAUCAUGAACUUCAAGAAGGAGGAGACCGCUAAACUGAUUGAGAAGUUGGACAUCAAGCUGGACACCGAGGACAAGGAGAAAGAAGGCAAGCCCCUGCUGAAGGCAGUGAUGCGUCGCUGGCUGCCCGCCGGAGAAGCUCUGCUUCAGAUGAUUACCAUCCACCUGCCUUCUCCAGUGACUGCUCAGAAAUACCGCUGUGAGCUGCUCUAUGAAGGACCUGGUGAUGACGAGGCUGCUAUGGGUAUUAAGAACUGCGAUCCCAAAGCCCCCCUGAUGAUGUACAUUUCGAAAAUGGUGCCCACUACCGACAAGGGUCGUUUCUACGCCUUUGGGCGCGUGUUCUCUGGCUGCGUGUCCACUGGCCUGAAGGUGCGCAUCAUGGGACCAAAUUACACCCCUGGAAAGAAGGAGGACCUUUACCUCAAACCCAUUCAGAGAACUAUUUUGAUGAUGGGUCGCUACGUCGAGCCCAUCGAGGAUGUUCCCUGUGGUAACAUCGUUGGUCUGGUUGGUGUGGACCAGUUUUUGGUGAAGACCGGGACCAUUUCCACAUACGAACAUGCCCAUAACCUGCGUGUGAUGAAGUUCAGCGUGAGUCCCGUGGUGAGAGUUGCAGUCGAGGCCAAGAACCCUGACCUGCCCAAGCUGGUCGAGGGUCUGAAACGCCUGGCCAAGUCUGACCCCAUGGUCCAGUGUAUCAUCGAGGAGUCUGGUGAGCACAUCAUCGCUGGAGCUGGUGAGCUUCAUCUUGAGAUCUGCCUGAAGGAUCUUGAAGAGGACCAUGCCUGCAUUCCACUGAAGAAAUCCGACCCGGUCGUGUCCUACAGAGAGACCGUCUCAGACGAGUCUAAAAUAAUGUGCCUGUCCAAGUCCCCCAACAAGCACAACCGUCUGUUCAUGAAGGCUCGUCCCCUGGCUGAGGGUCUGCCCGAGGAUAUCGAUAAAGGUGAGGUUGCAGCCAGGCAGGAGUUGAAGACACGUGCACGUUACCUGGCAGAUAAGUACGAUUGGGAGGUGACUGAGGCUCGUAAGAUCUGGUGCUUCGGACCCGACGGAACCGGACCCAACAUGCUUGUGGAUGUGACCAAGGGAGUGCAGUACCUUAAUGAGAUCAAGGACAGUGUGGUGGCUGGUUUCCAGUGGGCCACCAAGGAGGGUGUGCUUUGUGAGGAGAACAUGCGUGGAAUCCGUUUCGACGUCCACGACGUCACACUUCACACAGACGCCAUUCACCGUGGUGGUGGUCAGAUCAUUCCCACAGCCCGCAGAGUGCUUUACGCCUGCCAACUCACGGCCGAGCCCAGGAUCCUCGAACCCGUCUACCUGGUGGAGAUCCAAUGUCCUGAGGCUGUCGUCGGUGGUAUCUAUGGUGUCCUGAACAGGAAGAGAGGCCUGGUGUUUGAGGAAUCUCAGGUCAUGGGAACUCCUAUGUUUAUUGUCAAGGCUUAUUUGCCUGUCAAUGAAUCUUUCGGUUUUACCGCUGACCUCCGUUCCAACACCUCCGGUCAGGCCUUCCCACAGUGCGUGUUCGAUCACUGGCAGAUCCUCCCCGGAGAUCCCAUGGAACCCUCCACCAAGCCCGCUCAGGUUGUGGCAGACACACGCAAGCGCAAGGGUCUGAAGGAAGGAAUUCCAGCUCUGGAUAACUACCUGGACAAAUUGUAGUAAAGUUCCUGUCCCAUUUGUCUUUGACUCCCCCACUAUAUCUCUAGAUCUUCCCACUGAGGGACUGGACUGUACAGAACAUCAUGAGCACUAUUGCCUGCUAAACACAUGAUCGAAAACGUAAACAUUAAUAAAGAAUAAUAAAAAUUG